CUCCCGGGCAAAGCGCGCGGGCGGGGGCGCCUCGGGCAGCAGGCGGGAGCUACAGCGGUCUCCAAGGCCAUGGCCGCGCGGUCCGUCACUCUCGGCAUAGACCUUGGCACCACGUCCGUGAAGGCAGCCCUGCUGGAGGCCGCGCCCGGCGACCCAUCCGGGUUUGUGGUACUGGCGAGCUGUGCCCGCGCUGCGCGGGCGGAGGCGGCGGCCGAGAGCUCGGCGGCCGGGCCCCAGGGGCGGGAGCAGGAUGUGAGUAGAAUCAUCCAAGCCCUGAACGAGUGCCUUGCUGCCCUUCCCCGGCUGCAGCUCCAGAGAGUCAGGGGCAUCGGAGUGUCAGGACAGAUGCAUGGAGUCGUGUUUUGGAAAACAAGCCAAGGCUGUGAAUGGAUGGAAGGAGGGGCUGCCCCUGUGUUCAAGCCCAGAGCCGUGAGCCACCUGGUCACAUGGCAGGAUGGCAGGUGUAGCAGCGGGUUCCUGGCGUCUCUGCCCCAGCCAGAGUCCCAUCUCAGUGUGGCCACGGGGUUCGGCUGUGCAACCAUCUUCUGGCUUUUGAAAAAUAGCCCAGAAUUCCUGAAGUCCUACGAUGCAGCUGGCACCAUCCAAGACUAUGUGGUGGCUAUGCUGUGUGGCUUGCCCAGACCCCUGAUGUCCGAUCAUAAUGCUGCUAGCUGGGGAUAUUUCAAUACCCAGAGCCAAAGCUGGAACUUGGAGAUAUUGAAGGGCUCGGGCUUUCCUGUGCACUUGCUCCCGGACAUCGCUGAGCCUGGCAGCGUGGCAGGCAGAACUUCCCAUGUGUGGUUCGAAAUCCCAAAGGGGACGCAGGUGGGAGUGGCCAUGGGUGAUUUACAGACCUCUGUCUAUUCUUGCAUGGCCCAAAAAACAGAUGCAGUUCUCAACAUCAGCACCUCGGUUCAGUUGGCAGCAUCCAUGCCUUCAGGAUUCCAGCCGGCGCAGACCCCAGAUCCUGCAGCCGCCAUUGCUUACUUCCCAUACUUCGACAGGACCUACUUAGGGGUGGCGGCAUCACUCAAUGGGGGCAAUGUGCUGGCCACAUUCGUCCACAUGCUGGUUCGGUGGAUGGCAGAUCUAGGCCUGGAGGUCGAAGAGUCCACUGUGUAUUCACACAUGAUUCAGGCAGCUGUGCAGCAGAGAGACACCUGCCUAACCAUCACCCCAACAGUGUUGGGGGAGAGGCACCUGCCGGACCAGCUGGCCUCAGUGACCAGAAUCUCCCCUUCUGACCUCUCUCUGGGCCAUGUGACCCGGGCCCUGUGCCGAGGCAUCGUUGAGAACCUGCACUCGAUGCUUCCAUUUCAGCAGCUCAAAGAGUGGGGCGUGGAGCGGGUGAUGGGGAGUGGGAGUGCGCUGUCCAGGAACGAGGUGCUGAAGCAGGAGGUGCAGAGGGCUUUCCCUUUGCCAGUGUCCUUUGGGCAGGAUGUGGAUGCAGCUGUUGGGGCAGCUGUGAUCAUGCUCCAGAGAAACCUCAACUGGAAGGAGACAUAGUCAGCAAACUCUUUGGCUAAAGGGCUGUUGCCAAUUUUACCUAAUUCACAUUCCCGACACCAUCUCUGGGUCAUCUUUUUUCCGAACAGUUCUGUGGGCAGUUUUUAAAGAAUGCUUGUUUUCAGGGUAUUGUCUUGGCUGAGAACAUACCUUCAGGACAUACAUUACUCUAAUAAUGUAGCCAGGACUCACCAACCAGAUCCCAAAUCAGUGCCUUCCAAAAGGGAGCUACCUGGGAGCUGUUUGCAAAUGUAAAUGUGGAAAAUGAGAAAGAGAGAGAAGGAAUAGUAGCCCAGCCUCCUGGCCAGCAGGCUCAUCCGUGGUUCACCAGUAGACAGAGACAAAAUAAAUGUGGACUUUAAACCUCAGAAAGAACGAAUCUUCUAUCUGUGAAAUUGUGAAGAAGAAAAAAGAAUUUGUGCUGCUUUUGCUGUCACACCUCAAACUGUUAAAGUUAUGGCCACAGUAAAUGAUAACUUUUAUUACAUUA